GACAUUUGCAACCUUAUGAAAGUCCCAUUUGGGCAUCCUCUGCUCCUUCAUUCUUAUACAUAUUCUUAAUUCGAGAUUGCAUACAAUAAGCAAAUUGGAUCCGGUCAUAGCUUGCUUACGCAUUUGCUUCGAACCAUUCAGUACCUCAGGUCCGCCGCGGAACCUCGUCCCGUCCCGCUCACAUCCUCUUGGCUCCCGCAGAUAUCAAAAUGGCUUUCACUCAAAUCCGACGCUUACACGCAAACAAUGUUGCUGUCCUUCGAAGUUCUCCUCUGUCCGAGAUCUCCGGAUCAUUAGGAGAUUUAGGAACACUCCUUCCACUCAUGAUAGCUCUAGCAGUCAACAACUCAAUAUCUCUCUCCACAACCCUAGUCUUCUCGGGACUCUGGAAUAUCUUCACAGGAGUAGCUUUUGGCAUACCAUUACCAGUGCAACCCAUGAAGGCCGUUGCAGCGGUAGCCAUAGCCCGUAAAUUCACAAUCGAAGAGACCAUUUCAGCAGGCUUCACUACAUCCGGCUUCGUCUUCAUAUUCAGCAUAACCGGCCUCCUUCGCUGGUUCACCCACGUCAUCCCAACUCCAGUAGUAAAAGGGAUACAAGUAGGAGCCGGCCUCUCCCUCGUCCUCUCAGCCGGAAUCUCACUCCUCCAGCCCCUAGGCUGGACGACCCCCAACCCAUUCGACAACCUCCUCUGGGCCCUCUCGGCCUUCAUCUUCCUCCUCCUCACCCAAAAACUGCCCAAGAUCCCCUACGCCCUAAUAAUUUUCCUCCUCGGCCUCAUCCUCUCCCUCGUCAUCGCCGGCCCUCACUCAUUACCCUCCUUCCGAUUCUGGCAUCCACGCACCUAUCUCCCCACGUGGCCCGCCUUCCAAUCCGGCGCCCUAAACGCAGGACUUGGCCAAAUUCCCCUCACGACCUUAAACUCCAUCAUAGCCGUCUCCUACCUAUCCUCUGAUCUGCUGCCCCACCUCCCCACCCCGUCCGUAACACGCAUCGGCAUCUCCGUCGCGCUCAUGAACCUCGUUGGCGGUUGGUUUGGCGCCAUGCCCGUAUGCCACGGCUCCGGCGGCCUCGCAGCACAAUACCGCUUCGGCGCCCGCAGCGGCGCAUCGAUCAUCAUUCUCGGAGCCUUCAAAAUCCUCUUAGGCUUAUUCUUCGGAGAAUCGCUGGUCUCGCUGCUAAAAGCGUACCCGAAAGGGCUCCUCGGCAUCAUGGUCCUCGCCGCUGGGCUGGAACUCGCGAAAGUGGGCGAGAGUCUGAAUAACGGGGCAAGGGACCUGUGGGAGGUUUCCGAGGGCAACGGGAAGCGGCAGAGGGAGGUGGGGGAGGAGGAGCGGAUGGAGCGGUGGACGGUGAUGUUUAUGACGAUUGGCGGAUUGCUGGCUUUCAAGAAUGAUGGGGUGGGGUUUUUGGCGGGCAUGUUGAGUUGGGCGUUUUAUCGGGGUGCGGAUUUGCGGGGGUGGGUUAGAGGGGUGUGGGAGAGUUGGAGGGGGCAGAGGAACGAGACGGAGGAGUGGAGGGCGGCGACGACGGUAGAGGAGGAAGAGGCGCUUUUGUCUGAGAGUUAG